AUGCUCUGGUGUCGGUACCGACUCCGACGAAGAGUUCUGGAACCACCUGAAUACCCUGGGGCACUCCCGCUGCUCGGUCACUUACCCCUGCUGCUGGGAGACGGUUGCGUUGCGAAGUGCAAGCCGUUCUUAGAACUACUAUUGGAGCUGUCUGAACAGCAAGUUCUCUUUACCGAAGAGGAAGUGAGGGAGCACGUGGAUACGAUUAUCGUGAGCGGAUACGAAACGAUCGCUUCUGUGAUGUGUUUCACUCUCGUUCUCAUCGGCUCGUAUAAGCAAGUCCAGGAACGUCUUCUGAGCGAGUUAAAAGAUGUAUUUGGUGACACUGACAGAGAUGUAGCGAGAGAAGAUCUUUCACGCUUAGUCUACUUAGAAGCCGUCAUUAAAGAAACCAUGAGAAUAUACCCGGUGGCACCAAUCGUGGCGAGGCGUAUAGACAAAGAUGUGAAGUUGAAAAAUUACACGCUUUUGGCUGGCAACACUUGUAUUAUAUCACAAUACGGCAUCCACCGUCAUCCGAUGUGGGGCGAAGACGCGGGGGAGUUCAAACCGGAGAGAUGGCUGGACCCUUCUACAUUGCCUGAUAACGCUCACACCUUUCUGGCUUUUGGCUUGGGAAGACGGAAUUGUAUAGGCAAAACAUACGCGAUGACGUCAAUGAAGACAACUCUGGCACAUUUCGUCCGGCGCUACAAAGUGGCGGCAGAUCAUUCUAAAAUGGCGUUGAAGAUGGAGGUUUUGUUGAAACCGGUAUCAGGGCAUUGCAUUAGCGUAGAGCGUAGAAUGUUC